AUGGCGAGCUCGAUCGCAGCUCGGUCCUUCCGAGUCCACACUGCCACGUGCAAUCGCGCUGUCGGAAGCAUCCGAUGCUUCACAGCCUCGCACCAUGCUCGUCAAGCCGCUUCUGCUGCGGACACACAAAUGCGAAUGCUCAUCGUCGGCUCACCCGGCUCAGGCAAAGGAACCCAAUCAACACGUCUGCUGAAGCACUACGCCUUCUCCGUGCUGUCUGCAGGCGAUGUGCUGCGCUCGCACAUUCAGCGGGGCACCUCGAUUGGACAACGCGCGGACGCGGUGAUCAAGCAGGGCGGGCUGAUGCCAGACGAGGUCAUGAUGGACCUGAUCGGUGCCGAAGUCAAGACGCUCGGCGAGAGCGAUUGGCUGCUGGAUGGCUUCCCUCGAACGCUGGGGCAGGCAGAGAUGCUGGAUGGCAUGCUCGAGGAGCAGGGAAAGCCGUUGAAGCUAGUGGUGAAUCUGGAUGUUCCGGAGGACGUCAUUCUCGACCGCAUCCUUCAACGGUGGACGCACCUCCCCUCAGGCCGUGUCUACAACCUCUCCUACAAUCCUCCCAAGGUCGAAGGGAAAGACGACAUCACUGGCGAACCGCUCUCGAAGCGCCAAGAUGACAACGUCGAAACCUUCGGCAAACGUCUCAAGUCGUUCCACGCUCAGACCGAACCCAUGCUGCAACACUACCGCGCCAAGUCAGCCGGCAUCAUCGACAUCGACUGCCGCAGCUCCAAGGCGGAUGGUACUCCGACCGACGGCUCGGAACUGUUCGUCAACUUGAAAGGCGAUACAUCGAACCAGAUCUGGCCGCACCUGCUCAAGAUUGUCCAGGCAAGAUUCCCGCACUUGCAGAAAGCAACGGCCACCAGCGUAGAUACCAAGUAG